AUUGUAGAAGGAAAGGAGUAUACUGAGAUAAAUGAUGGAUAUGGAUUUCUCUAUGUUCCUCCUGGAAUAGAAGUUAAGAUGUACAGUGAAAUGAUUCUUGGAUCUGUUGCUGUAACUCAUCAUACUGGAAACUUCAAACUUCACGCUUUAGGAGAAGGACGAAUGUUAAUGUGGAGCAGUAUAGUUCAGGCUCCAAAACUAUCCCAGGGACAGAAAUCUAGUGAUUCUAGUCUCGGCUCCUCAUUCGGGUGCUCUUUAGGAUCCUUUAACAACUCAGCUACAGAAGAGAUGGGGUUUGGUAUGUUUCCUGAUAUACUGGAGAGAGAUCCAACAAAUGGAGCAGAUACAGAUUUAAAAAAUGUAGCGGACUCCGGAUGUUUUCCAUCCUUCCCCAGCUCCAGCAAUAUUGAUGCAUCAGUAUUCAACCAACCAGGAGAACAAUCCUAUGCAAGACGAUUAUCCUCAAAUAUUGAUAUUCCUGACUAUGGCAGCCUAUGUAGCCUACAGAGACGUUUCCUCACAGCAGUUGAACCUAAUUUGUCUUUUAAAGAAACAGGAGAAUCUUCAGAUGUUUUCAGUUUACCAGUAAGUCCUUCAUCAUCCUUUCAAAAGGGAGAUAGUUCAUAUAAAUCAGGUUCUGAUUUAUCUAGCAGAAUAUCAAAACGUGGACGGAAAAAUGCUCUGCUAGGAUUAGGGAUUAUAGUUGAGUUCUCAACUUCAGAGUUCAUCAAUAUUUUCCUCGCUCAUUCAUCUAUAGUAGAGGACAUAUACUCUCAUUUACUCAUGAGGGUCCAGCAGGCUUACAUAAGGAAGAAGAGGUUUGUUGUUACUGUCUACAAUGGUUAUUUAGAAUGCACUAGGAUGAUUAAUAACAUGUUCUCUGUACCACGACUUAAGAUGUCUGCCUGGCAACUAACUAUUCAGGAUAAUACAUCUAGUAAUGUAGCAAAUCAACUAGUUCAAGAUAUAUGUCUACUAAAGAAUUUGUUGGACACAAAAGAAACAAAUUUUAUGUUCUCAACAUUACUGACAGGUGUGUUGACUCAUCAUCUUGGCUGGGUAUCAACAGUGAUGCCAGGAAGUAAACCAGGGGUUAAUAUGCUUCAUAAACCUGCAGUUCAGGGGUUGGAUCAAUUCAGGAGUGAGCAAUGGUAUGAUCCUACUAAAGUGCAGUAUAAAGAACUGCAUGGCAUGUUGGGGUUUCCAGUCAAGCUUGCGAAAUCAUUCAUCUUAUCCUCAAAACCAACAUUGUCGAAAAGAAUUUUAUUUGUUCUUAGUUAUUUUAUUCGUUGUUCCUUGGUGUACAAAAAGAAGCAUGAAACAACAGAAUCUUUAACAGAGAGCACUGAGUACAAAUCCUUCUUACUGAGAGAAUGUACUAGUUCCAGACAACAAGGGAUUCCUUUAGGUAAAAGUUUGUCUAGUCCAACAGUUAACAAGAAAUUUCAUUCUGAAGUAAAUAUGCUGGAAGCUUUAGAUCUUUCAGCUUCAUCAGAUACACUCUCUAGAUCUCAGGAGGAAGGGAGUAAGGUUGGAUUUCUCUUGGGAGCUGAUGACAACAGUCCUGUAUUUAAACAUACUCAUCACGACAACUCAAGCAGCAGAAAAGAAAGUUUGUUCUUCGGUGAGAGUGAAUUGAACCAGGUUUAUCUGACUCAUGUUCCCUUCUCCAGUGUACAGUACACAGACUCUAUACCUGCAGAUUUGGCCUCCUUGAUCUGUUUAUCUGACGAGUUUAUGCCUGGAAGUGUACUUCAAGCCUCCUCUCCUAGUAACAAAGCUUGGAAAUCAUAUGUUCAGGAUGACCUGUUAGCUGUAUCUGGUAACUCCCAUGUAUCUGGAUUAGCUGAUGAGUGUGUAUGUGUAGUGGCAGAUGUUGAUAAUCAUGAAGUCAGUAUAGUUUCUGCUCAACAGGUUGUGGUUGGAAGAUCCGGGGUUCCGGUUCCUAUGUCUCCUCUUGUGGCAACCACACUUGAAAACUUCUGUGUAAUUGUGGAACUAGGUUUAUCUACUGAGGAUUGUUUAAACUAUUUAGAGGAUCAGCUACAGCAGAUCUAUCUAUACUCGUGUACACUAUCUGAGUACAUAGUGUCAGCUGACUACACUACACUCCAGAAUAUAAGUAAACAUCUUCAAGUUGACCCCUGCGAUGUUCCACUUCUACUAGCUGUUGCGUCUACGCAUACCCCUGCUGUUGGAAAGAAGUUAUCCCUAGGAUUUACAUGAUAAAAGAUACGCCAGGAGGCUGGAACACCGGAAAUUCAAGUUCUCUUGAAGUACCGGGCCGCCAUAGGGGCAACUACAGAGCGUUCCCCAUAUCAUAUUGAAUUUUCUCCAAUUUCUUAAACGCCAAAUUUCUACUUCAGCUGUAUAAAUUUUUUUAAUGAUUUGAUAUUUUUUUUAAUUUUUAAAUGUCGUAAAAUCUGCAUUAUAUCCACGCACAACCGGGGUAUUAUUGUAUAUUCGAGCUGGGCCAACCUUUGCGGUCCUAGUUUGGACUUUUCCGCCAAUUUACAAUUACUAAAGCGACAGACCUUCUAAUGAAAUCAUGUCAGAGUUUUUCACCUUUUUGCCUCAUUUCAGGAUAAUAUUGUUAUUUUUAAUCUUGUUAAAUCUUGUUUAAAUGAGAUGAUAACAAUUUUCAUAUAAUUUAAUCUAGUCAGAAUAAAAUUUAUUUUUAAUUCUAUAAAAGAGAGCUUUGAGUAUUCUUAUGCUUUUAUUUUCUCCAAGAGAUGUGAAUGUUUUGUACUGCAGUACAUUUUAUUAUGUACAUAAUUAUGGAGCAACGCAAGGAAGACUAGAUAAAG